GUUUGUCAUCACCAUUUGGUGGCUUGUGCCUCGACAUGAUUCGCUGCUUUCUCAUAAAAAUUAUUGUCUACCCUUUUAUUAUUUCACAAAAAUAUGAAAUAAUUGACAACAAUUAAAUACAAAACUAAAAAAGUAAAAAAAAACAAAACAAAACUGUUUGUUCACUUUAUUCCUUCACGGUCUCCAUACGCCAAAUCUCUGUUUCUCAUUCGACAAAAAAACCUCUAAUCUCAUGUCUAUGUCUUGUCUUUAGAUACUAUCUUACUCUCUCUUCGAGAACUUAUGUCUUUAGAACGGUCGGAGUUCGUCGACGGUGUUGCGGCACGGAGUCUCAGUGAGAUCUCAGAAGUUGACGCCGUGAGAAUUGGAGGUGAUAUUAUAUCUUCAGCGAGACGUCUCAUCGCACUUUUAAGGUCCGUAGGAGAUUGUCAAUGGCUUCAUCAUCCACCCGUUAUUGCUGAAGCUAUUAGAAGGUAUGAUGAGCUAUGGAUGCCGUUGAUUUCUGAUCUAACGGUUGGUUUAAAGCCACCGAUGAUUUUGCCUCCUCUUGAUGUUGAAUGGGUUUGGUUUUGUCACUGUUUGAAUCCAGUGAGUUAUAGUGAUUACUGUGAAAGGAGAUUCUCAAAACUUAUAGGGAAGCCUGCGAUUUACGACGAAGAGAACGAGGAUUACGCGGUUUUACAAUGCGAAAAGAUCUGGAGUUUACGAUAUCCUUUAGAGAGUUUUGAGAACAGAGCUGAUCCUGAUUCACUUGAGACUGUUUCUUUAGUUAAUGAAGAUAUUAAAAGUCUAGUGAAGAAGCAGAUGUUUCUUUGGGAGAAGUUUUCAGCUCCUUACAUGUCUGAAACCGUUUACUUGAUCGCUGCUCGGUUACGUUACAAAGGGUUUUUGUUGAUACUACACAAGUUUAAGGAUGAGGUUUCUAGUCUUAUUCCAGCUUCUGAUAUACUUCUUAUGUGGCUUACGCAUCAGAGCUACCCGACAGUAUAUAAAGAUGAUGUUGAUGAAAUGUUGGAGGAGAUGACGAGAAAGGUGGUACAAGUUGGAGAAAAGGUAGAGAAAACAGAAGUGGAAACAACAAAAGAACUGUGGGAUAGAUACUUCAAUCAACCAUAUGAGAAAGCAGGCGGUGAGUUGUCGAUAAUAGCGAAUGAGUCUGGUUUAAGUAACAACACAAUGUUUUAUUGGCCUGUCUCUGAUAUGGAUGUUAACACUGCGUAUAAGUCCAUUCGACCUAGAUUUGUCUUGGAAUUAUGUAUAUUUUUAAGGUUGAAUCCAAAGGCAGAGCAGAAUGAGUCGAUAGAUCGGAGUUUUCUACGGUUGAGAGUUGCUAGAUGUCAUAGGAAGCUGCAGCUGGAUAAGAAAAUGACUGAUUUGUCUAGCGAAGCGUCGUGGCAAAAAGCGUGGCAUCUUUACUGUGAGUUUGGAACACUAGGGUUUAUUUUGGAAUCACAUUGUGACCGUUCUCGUGGAAUUUGUUUUAAAAGCGGAAAACCAGAAGGGAUGAUAGAGUUUCCGUGGAAUGAUCUGUUAAGAGCGCAUUCUCUAGCGUCUGGUAGGUUUCUUGGUAAGCAAGUGAGUGUGUUUGCUUCAGUUACACCUCCAGUUCAAGCGCCCUACUUGCUGAGAUUUGUACCGGAUCGAGUUACCGAUGAUUCAGGUGCUAUGAUAUCUGAUUCAGUUCAAAGAACAAACAACUUCCGACCUCAAGAAGGAAGAUGGCUUACUCGGACCGUGCUUGAUCACGCUGGACGGGAAUGCUUCGUUAUCCGUAUUCGAGUUGGGAAGGGAGUGUUUAAACGUGGAGGUGAAGUUCCAUCCCCGGUGAAAUCAGAGGAGCGGAUCACAGAGGUUCGAGUAGGUUCUUGGUCUUAUGUCGAGGGUUCAAUCGGUAAAGCUCCAGGUAAGUUAGCUUAGGCGACAAGAAGAAACUCUGUUUUGUGUUCUGUUUUGUGUACCGAUCAUUGUGUUUUCUCGUCUAGUACAGCGAAGGUGGUUGGAACCGUGACGCCUAAGGAACCAAUGGAGGAUUGGGAGGCAGCAUGGGAAUUUUCUACUGGUGAUGAAUUGUGCAUCCGUUGGGACUCAUUAGGAACUAUCUCAGAACUUCGUUUAUAUUCAAGAAACCCCGGUUCGCUGGUUCGGCUAUUAACUGGACGGAGAAUGCAAUAUAAAGGAGAAGAUGAAGAAGACGACGAGGGUUUUGUAACAGUUGUUAGAUCAACAGAAGAAGAUCCAACUGAAAAAGCAACUGCUCUGAUCGACUGGAAGCAUCAAGCCGUGGAAUUUCUUCCUGAGGAAGACGCGGUUUUCGUCUUGUUAUUGUCGGUAUCGAUUCUAAGGAGUGUUACACAUAAAAGAAGAGAAGAUGUUGGUAAAUUGUUGGUGCGGAAGAGGAUAACAGAAGCUACCGGUGAACGGGAUUGGGGAUCGGUUAUUGUCGAUGCUUCGUCAACAAAUGUAUCUUCUUCUUCCAGUCCAUACGUAGAACCGUGGUAUCGAAACUCCGGUAAGGUUAUGGCAAUGGAGGAGAAAGCACAAGUUGCACGAUAUCCAUAUCCUGUUAUGAGCUAUUCUAACGUUGAUGGUGGUGAUAAUUUGUACAAACAUGUAAUAUUCGGGUGAAACUUCAAAAAGAUUGCAUAAUUAUUAGUCAGAUGGAUGGUGUAACCAAAAGUAAUACGAUGCUUGGGAUGUCUUAAUCUCUAUAAAUUUAUGCUUGGGAUAUUGACGUUAAAUCAAC